UGCGGGCCAGAGCAGACGACCGUGCUACACACACAGUUACCCUUUGGUGUUCUGUGGUACUACACGUUUGUUGCGAGGCUUUGCGGAACCUCUGAGUAGGAUUCGUUUAUAAAUGCCCGUUAUGUCCAACGACACAAGUGACAACUUGGGAGCUGCCAUUCCCCUGGAAAGUGCUGAAGAGGAGCGUGCGGUCGUGGAGCAGGAUUUGCGGUCGCUGGAAAAUAAAAUCUCGAGUGCGGAAAAUGAACUUGCUGCUCUGAAAACGCGGCACAAGCUAUUAAAUGACAUAUUGAAGGCUGAGACUGACUGCCGCCAAGCGCUCGAGGCACAAUGUGAACAGUUCGUGAAAGCAACCGAAGAACUUUCUUCAACGACUACAGAUCUUUCAACAAAACUUUGUCAGGAAAAGUCUUCAAGACUUGAAAAAUUACCCAGUUUUCAGCAGUAUACCAGCGGAAUUUAUAACGGGUUGGAAAAAAAUGUAUGGACUCCAGAGGCUCUUGAAAGCUUGGCAGCAACCCUGAGGAUGCAACUGCGAGACUUAGAGCAGCGUUCUGCAUACUUGGAUUCACGUCUAGAGAGGAAGAGGGCUGAGUUGGACCAGUUGCAAGAGCAGAGCACUAACAACUGCUCGGCAGAAGAUGCCACAUUUGGACCUGAGGAGCAGCAAGCAAUCCUACAAAUCUUCAGAGAAGAGAAGAGCAAACUUCAGACUACGCUUAGGCGUCUCACAUUGCAGAAGCAGCAUUUAAAGGAAGAGGCUUAGCCUCUUCCACGUGGGUAGUUAGCUCACCAGAAAUGACCAUGCCCAACAUGCCAAAGAGCCUCUGAUAACUGCCACCAAUCGCACAUACCUGGUGUACCUUAAUGUAUAGUCAUAUACAUGACCUUGCUGAACUAUUUUACUUUCUAUGAUUGAUUGAUGUAGCGCUCAACUUUUAUUUUAUUAUACGUCAUGGCAAAUUACCAUAACGAAUGAAACCCGGCAUGGUUGCUCAGUGGCUAUGGUGUUGGGCUGCUGAGCAUGAGGUCGCGGGAUCGAAUCUUGGUCACGGCGGCCGCAUAUCAAUGGGGUCAAAAUGCGAAAACACCCAUGUACUUCACGGGUGUUCCCCCACUCGGGCGUGCCUCAUAAUCAGAUCGUGGUUUCGGCACGUCAAACCCCAUAACUUAAUUUUUUUUAUGACAAGGGAACUAAAGCAUUCCAGCGAAUUUGACGAUUAUCACUGCUUUUUCCUAGGAAACAUAAAAAGAACUCUUCUUGCGUUUUAUCACUGAUAGCGAGCUGAUGUUUACGUAGUCACUAAAAUGUGACCAUUCUACUGAGUACAGUUAAUGAUGCAUGCCACUAUCUCUGCAGCUUUCCUGAAAUGACAGUACACUACUGUCAAUUCAGUGUGCAGGCUAAGAUCAGAUGAGUACAUAUUGUAAUGAUGGCUCGAGAUCAGAUCAAUAAUUCUGUGCUCGAGCACAGAAUUAUUGGUGGUCUGAAAUUUAUGUGUUACGUAGCCUUUUCGUUUGUGCUGUCUAGAAAACAGUGUAUGUGCUGCUACUUGCAGCCAAGAUUGCAACGGCAAUGGGUAAUGUUCCCGGUUCAGGCAAAGCACACACUGUUUUUAGUGUGCUGUCCCGCUUUUCCAGUGACAACAUUCUGUGUCCCACAUCCACGUCUCCACUGUGUUGCUAUACAGCUGUUGCGUAAAGAAGGGUAGCCUAUUGUGUAGUGUUAUGUAUGCAUAGCAAACACUCCUCACAAAUCGGCAGUGUUAUCGUGCUGAACUGCUGAAAGGAAGUGCGCACAAAUUUUCGUGACCAGAUUGCAGGCAAUGGAAAAUCAUCAGUAUGAGUUGCCACCAGCGAAAAGAGACAGACAGCCGUUCUACCACCUGA